GGUUCGAUUUCGAAAAUGAGGCUAUUCGCCAGCCAUUCAUCAUUUAAUUGAGUUACCGCACUUUGAGAUGCGAAUAGAGUGAAAAUAUUAACAAGUUGAAAUCACAACAUGUAAUGAAAAGUACUUUAAAACCAUAAAAAAGAAGAAAUUUGAUUUUUAAACCGGAAGUGCAUAAAAAACCGCGACCAGGAGCGGCGUGGAGAUGGAUGAAGAGAGCGGAGAGCUAUUGUCCCAGGACAUAAUAGAGGAAACCAACGCAAAACAGGAUCCUGUUUCAACAGAAUUAAAUGGAGAUCAGGAAAACUGUUUGGUGUCCAAAGAUCUCAAUGUUGAAGAAAAUCAAAGGAUAAAUGGAGAAGUUGGUGAUAACAUUACCGCAGAAAAAUUAACAGGUGAUAGUGGAGAGACAGGUACAAGUGUAAGUGGAGAGACAGGAAAUAGAUUGACAGACGAAACUGGAGAUGGUUCAUCUGGGGAUGCAUUAAACAGCUUGGCUGAAACAACAGACAAUGGACCAAGUGUGGUUCAGGCAUCAGGAGAGGGGGAGGUUGAGGAGGAGACAACUGUUAGUUUGGAAGUGGGAGACUCCUCUGAUGUCAUGCCAAUACAACUUGGAGACACAAGUCGUCAACCAGAUGAUGAUGAUGAUGUGCUAGAUUUAAUGGAAGAUAAUGGGGAUGACUUAAAGAAUGAUCAGACAGAUGGAAUGGUCACCUCUGAUGGGCCAGAAUGUGGCGGGCAAGUUACUGACUUACCUGAGGAAAGUGUACAAGUUUCACAAACAAAAGAAAUAUCUGAAAUUAUUGAGACUACUGAGCAAACAUCUGACCUGGUGGAGGAAAAUCUUAUAGAAGAUACCAAGUCAGUGGAACCAGAACAAACAGGGAUGUCUGGAGAGCAUGAACAAGUUCCCGAAGUUUCUGGUAGAAAUGAGCCAAGUACAGAGCAGGAGGAUUAUGAUGUUUUGGAUCUAAAUGAUGAGUCAGACUUGCCUGCCUCCUCGGAUCAGAAUAAAUUGUUAUCACAGGAGGAUGAUAAAGACGUAAUAGCAGAAGCCAGAGAUGUCAUUGAAGAUAUUAAACAGUUAGAUACAGAAACUGAAAACCAAAGUGACAUGGAAACAAAAGAUGAAAUAAGUCAAUCUGGAGAAAAAGAUGAUGUCAUGGAAGUUUGUAAAGAUGACACUGAAGAUAUUGUACUGAAUACUGAUAUAAAUGAUGAUGAUAUCACAACUACCAAUGAUCAGGAAGAUUGUCUGUUAAAUACUGAAAUGGAGGCUGAACCAGAAGAUGCUUCAACCAUGGAAACAGGAAAUGAUGCAGGGGAGAUAAAUCUUGAUACAGGUGAAAUGGUUCAAAGUGAAAGUGGAGUGGAAAAUGUUGACAUGGAAAAAGCUGAUGAACCAAUUGAAGCAGUGAUGGAGAAUGAAGAACUAGAAAAAGAUGUAGAUAUGGUAGGAAGUGAGGAGAAAGAAAAUAUAGAAGAUAAGAACAAAAAUGAAAGUGAGGCUGAUGUUUCAAUGGAAAUCUUGGAGGAUAAGGAGAAAACAGAAGUUGGUGAAAACGUAGACAAAGAGAAAGAAACCGAUGUUAGUCAGCCUGAGGAUUCAACAGUUCACGAAGCAGCAGUCGACAGUGAUGGGGGACUUAAAAUUACUCAAGUUGAAAGUAUUGUUGACUUGGAAAAAGACAGUGGAGAAAAAGAGAAUGGAAAAGAAGUGUAUAUUGCUGCUUCUGAAGGAGAAAAAGAAAGUGGAGAGAAAGAAACAACACAGGAGAAGGCUGUUACUGCCAAUAAAGAGGGAGAGAAAGAUGAAGCUGAAUCAAAGGUAGCUGUUAAUACCACUAAAGAAAAGACAGAUCAGCCAGAAGAGACUUUAACUACAGAAAAUAAAAAUGACAAAGAAGAAGUUGCUGAGAGUAAGACAGAUACUGAUGAUGUACAAAUUGUGGAAAAACCCAAAGAAGAAGAGAUAGACAUCAUAGAUUUAGAUAGUGAUACUGAGAAAGAGGUUAAGACAGAGAAAACUGAUGGAACGAGUGGAAUACAGAUAGCUUCAGUUAGUGGUGGAACUGAUAUAUCCAGUGUUAAGGAAUCAGAAAAGGUUAAAGUAGAGGCGAAGAAAGAUGUUAAGCCAGCCGUGCCUGUAAAACAAGAAGUCAAGCCUGAAGUUAGAACAGAUAAUAAAUCUCCAAAGAGUAAAAUACAGACGUGUAUUGUGUGUAAAAAGGUUGGAAAAUGUAAAUAUAACAUUGUUAGGAAUGGUGACAUCAAACAUCUAUGUGAUGAUGACUGUUUUAAACGAUUCCGAUCCAACCCUACAACAUAUUUACGAUCGUCAACACCACCACAGCCGCCCCCACAGGAACCCAAAACAGCAGCUCCAGCAAACAACCAACAUGGACAAUUCAAAACCUGUCAAGUUUGUCAAGUUAUGAACAUAAAUGCCUCAACAGCAAAACCAUUUCUGAAUUGGCAGGGUAUGGAUUUUUGUGGUGAGGACUGUCUUGGCAAAUUCCAAAGUAGUCUAAAUACAUCAUGUUCAAGCUGUUCAAAUGUUAUACAGCAAGCCACUAAAGGAAAAUUUUGUUUCAAGUUUGGAAACCAGAUCAGGCAGUUUUGUUCACAGGGUUGUUACAAUGAUUUCCUGAAAAAGCAAAAACUUUGUGAAUGUUGUCAAAAAGACAUUACUAAAAGUUCAGAUGCCUUUGUAGCCCCAGCAGGUCCUGAUAGUUCAUUUAAAGAUUUCUGCAGCCAAAGCUGUCUACAAAAGUACGAAGAGAAAAAUAACCGUGACAUUGAAAUCACUGGUGUUGACCCUGGGAAGAAAAGUGGUCCUGCUCCUAAAGGAACACAUACUUGUUCUGUCUGUUCAAAUGUCAAUACCAUGAAACAUCAGGUUCAGCUGGAAGGGAAAACCAAUUAUCUCUGUGGGGAUCCAUGUUUCUCAGCAUUCCAGUAUGCCAACAAGUUGACAAUGAACACUUGUGACAAUUGUGGCAUUUAUUGUUACAAUGAAGGGAUGCAUCCUCAGUAUAUUCAGUUUGAAGGGCAGCAAAAACGCUUCUGCAGUUUCAUGUGUGUAAAUACAUUUAAAACAUUAAACAAAAAAGGGGUCUCGUGUUCAUGGUGUAACUGUAAGAAAAGUAACUUUGACAUGAUUGAGCGAGUUGAUGCUAAUAACAAGUACCAGUUAUUUUGUUCACUGAAUUGUCUGUCCUUGUAUCGUGUGAAUCUCCAGGCUACUUCGAAUCAAGCUGUGCUAUGUGACCAGUGUAAAAGAUAUGUUCCGGCGCAGUACCAUCUGACCAUGAGUGAUGCUUCUGUUCGGAACUUUUGUUCUUAUAAUUGUGUCAUGAAAUUUCAAUCACAGUUUACCUCUAAUGCUGCACCCUCGGGGACAGCAACAACUGGUCCAAAACCUGGGGGGAUACAGACCAGAUCAACAACUAGGCCACCCCAGCCAGUGCAGCAUAAACCUGCCAAUCCACAAACUGCAAUUAGGUCUGUAGCACCACAAAAUAUGAUUCGACCACCAUUACAGAACAGACCAACCAAUCCAAAUAUGAAUCAGAUACCAAUAAUAUCAAAUGUAGUCUCUCUCGCACCUCAAGUCAACCAACAAGUGAAUUUCAAGUCAAAUCAACAAGUACCAUUGGUUAUCAACAAUAAGAAUACUAAUAUCAGGACAACAGUUCCAGCUCAAGCUACACAAACUAUUCAGACAGUAAUCAUCCAACCACCCCAACCAAAAACAAUCAAAAACAAGUCAUGUCUAUGUAAACCAUUUGUACAGACUAAAGCCACAUCAUGCCGUCCUCACACACAAACUAAGGAAACACAAACAGAUAAAGAUAUGGAACCCCAGAAUGUUCUGAUACCUAUUCCGAUCCCUUUCUAUGUGCCAGUACCAAUGGCAAUGUACUCACAGCCAACACCAAUCCCCUUUCCAUUCCCCAUACCUAUACCUAUACCAUGUUUCAUACCAACCACCAAGAAAAGUACCAACAGUAUUCUGAAACAUAUAAAGGAAAUUCGUGAGAAGAUACCUGACGAUCCUUUAGAAGCUGAGCUUUUAAUGAUGGCAGAGGCAGUGAGUGCUGUGGCAAAAGACUCAUCAGACUCAGAAUCAGAAAAUGAGGCAGAAAUGGAACCAGUAGAAGAAAUAGCAGACCCCAAAAUCUCUCCCCCUUCUGAUUCUCCAGAACCUGAAGUUCCAGAAAAACCUGCCGACCUUGGAGAGGACAUGCUACAGAUGGCACUCAGAAUGGCCACAGAGAUGACCCCUGAACCCGUCAUGGAUUUAGAGGAAACCAUUGAACCUGUUCCUGUCAGUACAGAACCCCCACCGAAGCCAAAACCAAAAGAACAAGAGGAUACUGAAGACGAAGAAGAAGACGACGAAUACACACCUGUCCGAGAAACUAGGUCACAAAAGGGCAAGGGGACAAAGAGAUCAGGCAGUAAUCAGGCAAGACGUAGAUCAAAAAGACAGAAAGCACCUGUAGUCUUAAAAGCAGAGGAAUCACCUGCUCCGGAGCCUGAACCUGAACCAGUAAAUGAAACACCCCCUGAUGCAAAUAUGUAUCUCAAAUAUACAUAUGGUGUGAAUGCAUGGAAACAUUGGGUUGUUCUGAAAAAUAAUCAGUUAGAUAAAGUGACCAAACAAGGUUCUGGAAAGUUAAAACUGUUUAAGACAGACAUGUUACAAUGCUCGGCAGAUGAGCUAAAUUAUUCUUUAUGUUUAUUCGUUAAGGAAGUUCGGAAACCAAAUGGGGAGGAAUAUGCACCAGACAGCAUUUAUUAUCUUUGCAUAGGUAUUCAGAUGUUUUUAUUUGAAAACGAAAGAAUAGACAACAUUUUUACAGAUAUUUACUAUGAGAAAUUUACAGAGUGUCUGAAUGAAGUUCUACAGCGAUACACACCUAAAUUAAAUGCAGCAGCUCAGAUUGUGUGUAGGAUUGAAGAAGAACAUUUAUGGGAAUGUAAACAAUUAGGUGCCCACUCGCCACAUGUACUGCUGAAUACACUAGUGUAUUUCAAUACCAAGUUCUUCCAACUGAAAACACCUGAAGAUCAUUUGAAGUUGUCGUUUACACACAUAAUGAAACAUUGGAAGAAAACACCUGUUGGUAAAGGGAAUACCCAGGGCAGGAGUGUGUAUCUAAGAUAUUACUGUCCUGCUCCAGUGAGACCUGCAUCAGAAAACAACAGGAAGAAGAAAGAAGAACUGCCAGUAUAUGAGCAGGCAGAGAAUUUAGACAAUCCUCUCAGAUGCCCUGUGAAGUUGUAUGAGUUCUACUUAUCUAAAUGUCCAGAAAGUAUAAAGAACAGAAGUGAUGCAUUCUACCUGGUACCAGAACGUUCUUGUGUUCCUGACAGUCCUGUCUGGUAUUCAACAUCCAAUCUUCAGACUGAAGCUAUGAAUAAAAUGUUAAAUAGAACAUUACUAGUCCGUGAAAUACAGGAGUCAUUUAUACAUACACAACCCAUCUAUGCAUAAUAUCAUUGUUCAACUUUAGAUCAUACUAUUACAUUGAUCAUGUACAUUUCACCCAAGCCAGAAUAGCUAGUACUUAUAAUUUUUGUAAUGGUUCAAUGAUUUUCUUUUUUAAGUGUACAAAGUAUUCAUUUUUAGUCUGACAAACUUGUUCAUAAAUAGGUGGUUAUUUCUGUAUCAUGAAAAGCAUUAUGUUCACAUUUAAUUUUAAAUAAGACUUUGUCAGUUUUAUUUCUUAAAUUUGUGAAACUUUUGAAAGGAUUAUUUUAAUGCAUUUUAAACAUUUUCUAAAGUGAAAGCAACUAUUAAAUUUGAUUGUAAAACUUAGAAUAAGAAAACUAUUUUCGUGGGUUCCAAUUUUCAUGGAUUAAGGAAAACUAACAUGUUUGUGGAUAUUUAAUUUCGUGGUUUUGCCAAAGUCUGUACAUAGACCUAUAGAAAAUUUGUUAUUCGUUGAACAUUUAAUUUCCUGGUUCACCUACACCCUAAAAAUCCACGAAUAUUAACGAAAAAUAAUGAAUCCACAGCAUAAACUAAGUGUUUAAAAUUCAGUUUUACAAUGACACACUUUUAGUAGUAAUCUGUCUUUACCCUAUUGGGCCAUGCAGGAAAUACAACAAUCAUGUAAUUAAAGAAAGAUGGAAUUACCCUGCUAUCUCAUGACUUCAGUUUUAUGGGUAUAUUAUAUUGUUAAAACCAUAUAUCAAACAUUUUUUAUUCCAGUAUUAACCACCAACAUAAUCAUACAUUUAAGGUGAUGCAAUUAUUGAUCAUUAUGUAGAUAUAUGUUUUGAUGUAUAUAUGAAGGUUUUAUUAUGAUAUGCAUUUUAUUUUUAUCCAUGAAUUUAUGUGUCGUGAUCAUUAAGUACACCUCAAAUUGUCUCCUCAGCAAUUGUAUUAGGAGACGGUCCCUCUGUCUGUUUGUCACAAAAAACUUAAUCAACAGACAUAUCCCCUUUAUUUUACAUAGAAAUGGAUUAAAACUUGACUAAACUACUAAAUAAUAUGUUUAUAUAUAAUAAGUUGUUUAAUUCUAAUAUAGGAUUUGUUUUUAUGCCCCAUUUAUGGGCAUUAUAAUUUCUGGUCUGUUGGUUUGUUCGUCUGUCUGUCCCACUUCAGGUUGAAAUUUUUGGUCAUUGUAGUUUUUAAUGAAGUUGAAGUCCUAUCAACUUGAAACUUAUUAGGCAUUGUGGCCUUGUGAUAUGCUCUUUCUAAUUUUAAUGCCAAAUUAGAGUUUGACCCCAAUUUCAAGGUCCACUGAAUAUAGAAAAUGUGUGUGAUUGAUGCAUCUGUGUACUAUGGACAUAUUCUUGUUUUCUAUCUUUUAAUGGGAAUUUCCCAAAGCAAAAAACAGAAAGAGGAUUUUUAUCUUUACUUUUUUAUUUGUUGCAAAAUAUAAGAAAGAUAAAAAAAAAUCCUUUCAUUGUCUGUACAAUUGAUAUUUCUUCAUCACUCAUUUUUACCAUUAAAUAGAAUGACAUUUCUUAUUUCAUUUAUCAAACAAGAUAUAAUUUGUUAUAUAUUUCAUGUAUUUGUUUUGUAUAUAUAAAGUAGAUAGUGUUAUGAAUUGUUAAAAGUAUAGGCAACUAUGUACUUAUAAUGUUGUUGGUUAUUUUUUCAAAGUUUUAUAUUAUCGACCAUCUAAUGUGUAUUUUUAUGGUUUGAGCUUAGAAAUAGUUGUUAGUCAAUUAGACAGCUGUUUCCACCCUCUGUUACUUAAAUUGUUUAUAAAGAGGAUUAAUUUGUUCUGUUUCAUUGACUUAUUACAUAAUCUUCAGUCAAUAGUGUACUUUAGAAAAGCUUAAAUCAUUUGCACUUUAACCCUUUCCUCCAUAGAAAUGUUUUUUUUGCAUACUUGAUUGGCAUAGGAUUUUUCAAUAAAAUACUGAAAAUAUGCUUUAAAGUAUUAAUGCAUUGUAAAAAACAAAUAUUUCACCAAAUAAAUUUAUGUCGGAUAUUUCUAUGAAACUUCUUUUCAUAUUGGAUACAAAUUUUCUUAAGUCUACUGCAGACACUUUGUAGUCAAAGCAUUUCAACUGAGGUACUUCACAGGCGUCAAAAGGCGUCAUUAUGGGGUACAGGGGUUUGCAUCAAAAGGCGUCAUUAUGGAGAAAAGGGUUAAGUAAAUACAGUUCUUAUACUUUCAACCAUUAUUACACCACUUGUAAUGAUCAGUGCAUACAUUUGCAUAAAUAAAUUUAAUUUUUGCCAUAGCAUUUUUUUUUUCUUCUUCUAAAAAUGAAAUUGGAUUGUGUAAUAGAAAAAAUCAUUUUGACAGGUCUUGUUGAAAUUGAAUGUAGUUAACACCCAAUGUAUUUGAUUUGACCUGUAAAAAAAAAAUAAACAACAAAAUUUCACAUACUGGUAUUUCAAGCUUUUUCAUAUUUGUGAAAACUUAAACAGGAUAGGGUUUGUAAAAAUAAAUCUCAUUUUAAAUUUUCGUAUUAUUAAAUGAAUGCAGUCUUUCCUGUAUAGGCAGUAGUUUAAUAUCAUAAUUAUGUUCAUUGUUCACCAAUUGUAAUAAAAAUUGCAUGCAAACAUUUUUUUAAUUUACCAUUUAACCAUAAAAUUUGUUACGGAUGUUAACUGUAUAAAAAUGCCAAACUUAGAUUAUUUUUUUUUUUACAUUCAUGUACAUUUUUUGUACUUGAAACUUGUGAAAAUUGAUGUACUAAUCUGUUAUAAAUACAAGUUGUAAUUUUUGCUACAGAAUUCUGCUGCUUCACAAUUAAAAACUAAUUUUGUACAA